UUCAGUUCAUAGUGAUCUAGACAUGGCGAUCAAGCUUAUACCAGUAGCAUUUUUCUUGCUCAUCCUAGCCUUUGCUGAGUCCAGCGACAGGGGCGAACCUCCAUCUUCUCAAGAAAAUGCUUUUGAUACGAGUGCUUAUGCGGUUCAUUGGGAUCCACCUGCUGUUACUAUAGAAGGAAAUAGUUUUGGUGAAAGUGCUUAUGCGGUUCAUUGGGAUCCUCCUUCUCAAAAAGAUGGCUUUGGUGAAAGUGCGUACGCGGUACAUUGGGAUCCCCCUUCAAAAGAAGGAGGUUCUGGGGCAAGUCCUUAUAAGGUGAAUUGGAGCCCAGAAGAUGCACCUUCCAAAGAAAAAGGUUUUGGGGCAAGUGCUUAUGCGGUACACUGGGAUCCAGAUCAUCCACCAUCUGAAGAAAAAGGUUCUGGGACAAGUUUUGAUAAGGCGACUUGGAGCCCAGAAGAUGCACCUUCAAAAGAAAAAGGAUUUGAUUCAAGUGCUUAUAAGGUAACUUGGAUCCCAGAUGAUGCACCUUCUGAAGAGAAAGGAUUUGGUGCAAGUGCUUAUGCAGUACAUUGGGAUCCAGAUCAUCCACCUGUUGAAAAAACCGCGCGUGACAGCAAUAGCCAUGUGUCAUAUGAACACAUCUGAUUGGGACACGCGGUGCUCUGAGCUGUUGGAUGGAGAGCGUGGCGAACCUAUUUGGCACUACAUGCCCACCAAUUACAUCAUGUUCUAUUAGAUAUAUUUAAAGUUCAUGCUCAACUAUGUAAUCUUGUUAUCUUAUCAAUAAAGCGUGUCGAGUGGA